CUCCCAUUUUCAGUUUUACCAUUCACAGAAGAAGGCAAUAAAGCAGCAAACAAAGAAAAAAUAACUCCACACUGAUUUUGUUUUGUUUUCACUCAUCAAAGACUUUCUUCACCCAUUUCUUGAAGCUGAACCCAAUGGCUGGAAUCACUGGAAUCCUAAAGCUCGAAGCUUGGAGUAUAUUGUGAAGAAGCUAGAAGCAAGAUUUUCUUUUAUUUUAUUUUAUUUUCUUUGUUAACGAGAAAAAAUGGCAUGUGGGAGUAUGAUCGCUAGUAGCUUAGAUCCUGAGAGGAAGCAAAGUGGAGGACUUCGAACAAAACAAGCUGGACGAGGUUCUUGCCGUGGAAGUUAGUCUCUUUUGUUCAUCCGAAUUUUGAAAUUUGCAAAGUGAAGAUCAGUUCUUUUUAAGUUGAGAAAGUGUGAGAGAGAGAGAGAAGGAAGGAAGCUAUGGGUGUUUUGCUAAGAGAAGCGUUGAGUUCUAUUUGCGUUAAUAAUCAAUGGUCUUAUGCUGUUUUCUGGAAAAUCGGCUGCCAAAAUUCAAGCUUGUUAAUUUGGGAGGAAUGCUACAACGAAACCGCCUCGAACGAGAAUGUUCAGCUGCUUACAAACAGGAUGAUGUUGAACAACCGAAUCAUCUUGGUCGGAGAAGGCUUAGUCGGCCGAGCUGCAUUCACCGGACAUCAUCAAUGGAUCCAAGUCAACAGUUUCAACCGCGAUCUCCAUCCACCUGAAGUCAUCAACGAGAUGCUUCUCCAAUUCUCCGCUGGUAUUCACACCGUUGCGGUUGUUCCAGUCGUUCCUCACGGUGUUGUCCAGCUCGGUUCUUCUCUGCCCAUCAUGGAGAAUUUGGGGUUUGUGAAUGACGUCAAAGGUCUUAUCCUGCAGCUUGGAUGUGUUCCAGGAGCUCUCUUAUCCGAAAACUACACGACAACUUACGAACCCGCCGCUGAUUUUAUCGGAGUGCCGGUGUCCACCGGGUUAAUGCCAUCUCAAAGGCACAAGGUCCUCCAGUCUUCAGCUUUCGUAGCUGAAUCCAGCAGACCACAUUUCAACUCUACUGGAUCAUCAUCAGCAUCAGAUCUUCGAAACACCGAAACGUUUGAAGAAGAUUCUUUUAACUACGUGGACGAUGAUGCACAGAACAUAACCUUACCACCACCUUCGAAUCCCGACGCGUGGCUGAAUCAAAGCUUCUCUUGUAUGUACAGUGUGGAUGCACAUGCAGCAGUCCCACGUGAAGACUCUAGCUCCAAACGAAGCGACGACUUGUUUGGUAUGUUGGGUUUGGAUGAUAAGGACAGAGGUUGGGGAGUUUCGGAUGUGCUCACUAGGGAGUUAUCUGACUUUAGGAUCGUUCAAGAUUCCGAGUUUGGUUAUGAGCUUUCGGGGACGGAUCAUCUGUUAGACGCUGUGGUCUCUGGUGCUUGCUCCUCCUCCACGAAGCAGAUCUCGGAUGAAACUUCCGAGUCAUGCAAAACGAGUAUGACCAAAGCUAGUAAUAACUCCUCGGUUACCACUCCAUCUCACAGUAGCCCUCGAGGGAUCACACACGUGGUGGGGCCAUCAUCGGUGGUUUACGGGUCUCAGAUCAGUUCUUGGGUUGAACAAGCUCACAGCUUAAAGCGUGAGGAGAGUCCAAGGAUGAUGGUUAACAAGAAUGAAACUACAAAACCGGUUAAUAAUAACCGUAAAAGGCUUAAACCGGGAGAGAAUCCAAGACCAAGGCCUAAAGAUAGGCAGAUGAUCCAAGAUCGUGUCAAGGAGUUGCGUGAAAUCAUACCCAACGGUGCAAAGUGUAGCAUAGAUGCGCUACUAGAACGUACAAUCAAACACAUGCUCUUCUUGCAAAACGUCUCUAAGCAUGCUGAUAAGGUGAAAGAAACUGGGGAAUCCAAGAUAAUAAUGAAAGAGGAAGGUGCGUUUGAAGGAGUGGGAGGAGGAGGAGCAACAUGGGCUUUUGAAGUAGGGUCAAAGUCUCUAAGGUGUCCUAUAGUAGUAGAGGAUCUAAACCCUCCUCGCAUUUUCCUAGUUGAGAUGUUAUGCGAACAACGGGGAUUCUUUCUAGAAAUUGCUGAUUGGAUCAGAAGCUUAGGCAUGACGAUCUUGAAGGGUGUCAUUGAAACUCGAAUAAACAAGAUUUGGGCUCGCUUCACUGUUGAGGCGAGUCGUGAUGUGACGAGGAUGGAGAUAUUCAUGCAGCUAGUGAAUAUUUUGGAGCAGACGAUCAAGUGUGGAGGAAUCUCUGAGACUAUGUUGGAUGGUAUUAAAGCUACAAUGCCAUUUACCAACACCUUACCGGUUACUGGUGGCUGUUCAAUGUAACACAAUCAUUGACCAUACCGGUGUUAAACCGGUUUGGCUAAAGCUGAAUUCAUAUAGAGGUUUCGAGCGGACCGCUCCAGAAUUUAGGCUCGCUAUGACUAAUUAAAGUCGGUCUGAAAAUAGAGCUGGUUAUUUUUAAGUAUUUUUUUAAAAAAUACUUUUUGUUUGUACAUUUUUUUCUAUCUUUUGGGAAUUUUGCAAAUUUUAUUUUGUACUGAACCUCAUUUGUGUGGAUUUUUCUUUUCUUUUUUUACUUUUAGUCCUCUGGAGUAUGAUGUAAUGAAUUAAUCAUGUUGUGGGAAGUAAAUUUUAGUUAAUUUUCUAGUAAA